UGCCGAUUCGUAGAACAGUCAGUACUUACUAACCGUACAGAACGGUCUUUAAGAGUUAAUACAACGCAAAAAGUCAUAGAAAUGGAACGUUGGCAGAAUCGAGUUGCUGUAGUCACUGGCGCCAGUUCGGGCAUUGGCGGGGCUAUUGUGAAAUAUCUCGCUAAUAACGGUAUGGUGACUGUCGGCUUGGCACGACGCAAAGAACGUAUCGAAGCCCUGCGCGAUGAAGUGAAAAACGAGGCAAAGCAACGUAUACACGCCAUUAAGUGCGACAUACGAGAUGAAGCUGAUGUGAUAGCCGCCUUCAAAGAGAUCGAAAGCAAGUAUGGACCGGUGGCGGUGCUGGUAAACAAUGCCGCCAUUGUGCGUUAUGGCGAAAUGUUGAAAGAAGGCAACUCACAAGAUAUACGCGAUGUGAUCGAUACAAAUGUGUUUGGUGUUGUGUGGAGCACACGUGAGGCUUUCCGUUCGAUGAAGGCUCAGGGUGCUGAUGGUCACGUCUUUCUCAUCAAUAGCAUAAGUGGGCAUGUAGUACUGAAUUUCCCGAAUGUCUCUUUAAAUAUUUAUCCAUCUUCAAAGCAUGCCGUCACCGCCAUGACGGAGAUCUACCGCCAGGAGUUUCUUAAGAAUAACACCAAAAUUAAGAUCACCAGCAUUAGUCCCGGCGCAGUGAAAACCGAGAUUAUGGUCGAAAAUCCGCCUGAUAUACCAGAUUUGGUAUUCUUGGCCUCCGAAGAUAUCGCUGAUGCGUUGAUCUAUUGCCUACAGACGCCACCGCACGUGCAGAUUCACGAAUUAAUCGUAAAACCAGUCGGUGAAAAAUUCUAAGAUUGCCAGUGUUGAAACAGCAACUCACUUCUGAUACUUAUGUUUGUUGAAGUUGAAAGUAUUGAAAAUGUUAAAUAAUAAAACGUAGCUAAAAUUCAUUAGAAA